AUGGAAGGGAAAGUACCACCAUUUGCAAAACCAAAUGCUUCAGAAGUUAAUAAGCGAUUUAAAGAUGCGAAUGAUAAAGAUACAUUUAUAACAAAAAAUAAAGUAAUUCGUUGUGGAAAUAAUAUGCCACAAUAUGAUGUACCUGACUUAGACACAAAUGCAUCAAACUUUCAAGCUCCAAUUGAUUCACCAACUUGUGUUGGCCAAACUGUGGGUUCUGAUAUGACAUUGAAAACAAAGUCAAAGUCAUUGGCUUAUGAUAAUGUACCGGAAAUGAAUACACGUUAUAAUGCAGAUUUUUCUGCAUCAUAA